AUGUUUGCUCAGGCGGGGUCACUGGCCCUUUCACAGAAUAAACCAAGAGGACACUUACCUUUAAACAAAGCAAUUCGACCCCGAGUUCCAACCGAGCCCAAUAAAGGUUCAAUAACAGCACGUGAAUCAUUGCUAAGGUACAGAACUUGUCGGCCAACGUCUGAGUGACCAUCUUCCACCACUACAACCAAACCUGGGGACGUAGCGGCUGUACAGGACGGGACCUCUGACUGGGAUCCAUGAAAAGCUUCAGUCGAGGAUAAGAAAGAUUGAUAAAUCAAUCAAACAUGCCGACGGGAUCAGUGAGACUCCAGAGCAUUAAGAAGCUGGGACAUGAAAACCAGAGCUAUGAGUUUUCAGACGAAGGGCCAGCUGGCUCCUACAUGACCAUGUCGACCUCCAAGGAGGGUGAGAAAGCUCAAGGGAAUGAACAACAAGCGGCAAUACGAGUUGGAUUCUUCCAGCUGUUCCGCUUCGCCACGUGCAAAGACGUGCUGAUGAUGGUGGUGGGCUCGGUGUGCGCCGUGCUGCACGGCUCGGCGCAGCCCCUCAUGCUGCUGGUGUUCGGCCUGCUCACCGACACCUUCAUCGAGUACGACAUCGAGCUCAACGAGCUGAGCGACGAACGCAAGGAGUGCGUGAACAACACCAUCGUCUGGAAGAAGAACUACACGUACGCGCACGACCCCGACACGCCCCUGAACCAGACGGACUGGGGCUCCGUCAUCAACGCGACGCUGGAGAUGCUCACGCCGCUCAAGGAGAGGCCCUGUGGGGUCCUCGACAUCGAGUACGAGAUGACCCUGUUUGCCUUCUAUUACGUCGGCAUCGGAGCAGCUGUGUUCCUGCUCGGAUACUUCCAGAUCUCCCUGUGGGUGACGUCCGCCGCCAGGCAGAUCCAGCUCAUCAGGAAGCUGUACUUCAGCAAAGUGAUGAGGAUGGAGAUCGGCUGGUUCGACUGCACCUCUGUGGGGGAGCUCAACACCCGCAUGUCAGACGACAUAAACAAGAUCAACGACGCCAUCGCCGACCAGGUGGCCAUAUUCGUGCAGCGCUUCACCACCUUCGUGUGCGGCUUCUGCGUCGGCUUCGUGAAGGGGUGGAAGCUGACGCUCGUCAUCAUCGCCGCGAGUCCGCUGAUUGGCGUCGGAGCCGGUCUGAUGGCCCUGUUCGUGGCCAAGCUGACGGGGAUGGAGCUGCAGGCCUACGCCAAAGCCGGCGCCGUGGCCGACGAGGUCCUCUCCUCCAUCAGGACCGUGGCUGCUUUCGGCGGAGAGUCCAAGGAGGUGCAGAGGUACGACAAGAACUUGAUCUCGGCGCAGCGCUGGGGGAUCAGGAAGGGUCUGAUCAUGGGCUUUUUCACCGGAUACAUGUGGCUGGUCAUCUUCCUGUGCUAUGGUCUGGCCUUCUGGUAUGGCUCCACUCUGGUGGUGGACGCUCAGGAGUACACUCCAGGAACUCUACUGCAGGUCUUCUUCGGUGUCCUGAUAGCCGCCAUGAAUUUGGGGCAGGCCUCCCCGUGUCUGGAGGCGUUCGCUUCGGGCCGCGGAGCCGCCACCAUCAUCUUCGAGACCAUCGACAGAGAGCCGGAGAUCGACUGCUUGUCCGAGGCUGGGUAUAAGCUCGACAGGGUCAAAGGAGACAUCGAGUUCCACAACGUGACCUUCCACUACCCGUCCAGACCUGAAGUCAAGAUCCUGGACCAGCUCAGUGUUGCGGUGAAGUCCGGGGAGACCACAGCCUUUGUGGGUCCUAGCGGCGCCGGGAAGAGCACUGCCAUUCAACUCAUUCAGCGCUUCUACGAUCCUAAAGAGGGCAUGGUCACCCUGGACGGCCACGACGUCCGAGGGCUGAACCUCCAGUGGCUGCGCUCCCUGAUCGGCAUCGUGGAGCAGGAGCCCGUCUUGUUCGCCACCACCAUCGCCGAGAACAUACGCUACGGCCGACCCGGCGUCUCCAUGGAGGACAUCGUCGUGGCGGCGAAGGAGGCCAACGCGUACAACUUCAUCAUGGACCUGCCCCAGAAAUUUGAAACCUUGGUCGGAGAAGGCGGCGGCCAGAUGAGCGGCGGGCAGAAGCAGCGUAUCGCCAUUGCACGAGCGCUGGUCAGGAACCCUCGCAUCCUGCUCCUGGACAUGGCGACAUCUGCUCUUGACAACGAGAGCGAGGCUAUAGUUCAGGAAGCUCUGGAUAAAGUACGCAUGGGCCGCACCACCAUCUCCAUCGCUCACCGUCUGUCCACGAUAAAGAACGCCGACGUGAUCGUGGGCUUCGAGCACGGCCGGGCCGUGGAGAGGGGAAAACACAACGAGCUGCUGGAGAGGAAGGGCGUCUACUUCACCCUGGUCACCCUGCAGAGCCAAGGAGACAAGGCUCUGAACGAGAAGGCUCGACAAAUGGCCAACAGUGAAGAGGAGCCAGAGAGGCUUAAUCUAACCCGAGCAGGCAGCUACCGUGAAAGUCUGAGAGCUUCCAUCCGUCAGCGGUCUCGGUCCCAGCUGUCCAACCUGAUCCCAGAAUCCUCGGUCCCCAUUGCCGGAGAGCUCGGCCCCAGAGCCUACGCCGUGUCACAGGCAGAUAAAUCCAAGAACGCGAUCCCGGAGGACGAGGAGGAGCCGGUGGAGCCGGCGCCAGUCGCCAGGAUCCUCAAGUACAACACACCCGAAUGGCCCUACAUGCUUUUUGGAUCCUUCGGCGCGGCAAUAAACGGGGGGGUCAACCCUGUUUACUCUCUGCUGUUCAGUCAAAUCCUGGCGACCUUCUCAAUAACGGAUCCCGGGGUCCAGAGGAGGGAGAUCGACAGCAUCUGUGUGUUCUUCGUUAUGGUCGGCGUCAUCUCCUUCUUCACUCAGAUGCUGCAGGGCUACGCCUUCUCCAAGUCUGGAGAGCUGCUGACCCGCAGGUUGCGGCGACUCGGCUUCCACGCCAUGCUGGGUCAAGAGAUCGGCUGGUUCGACGAUCACAGGAACAGCCCCGGAGCUCUGACCACGCGCCUGGCAACCGACGCGUCACAAGUGCAGGGGGCCACGGGCUCGCAGAUCGGCAUGAUCGUCAACUCCCUCACCAACAUCGGCGUGGCCAUCAUCAUGUCCUUCUACUUCAGCUGGAAGCUCACGCUGCUCAUCCUCUGCUUCCUGCCGUUCAUCGCGCUCUCCGGCGGCUUCCAGGCCAAGAUGCUCACGGGUUUCGCCAAGCAGGACAAGCAGGCCAUGGAGUCGGCUGGGCGGAUUUCCGGCGAGGCCCUGAACAACAUCCGCACCGUGGCCGGCCUGGGGAAGGAGAGGAGCUUCGUGGACAUGUACGAGGCGCAGCUGGACGCGCCGUACCACGCCGCGCUCAAGAAGGCCAACGUGUACGGCGCCUGCUACGGCUUCGCGCAGUGCGUCAUCUUCCUGACCAACUCGGCGUCCUACCGCUUCGGGGGCUACCUGGUGCGGCAGGAGGGGCUCCACUUCAGCCUGGUGUUCAGGGUCAUCUCAGCCAUCGUCACCAGCGGCACGGCCCUCGGCCGAGCCUCCUCCUACACGCCGGACUACGCCAAGGCCAAGAUAUCCGCAGCGCGCUUCUUCCAGCUGCUGGAUCGCGUGCCUCAGAUCAGCGUCUACAGCAACAAGGGAGACAAAUGGGAUAACUUCCAAGGGAACAUAGAGUUCAUCGACUGCAAGUUCACCUACCCCACCAGGCCGGACAUCCAGGUCCUGAACGGGCUGAACGUGUCGGUGAAGCCCGGCCAGACGCUGGCCUUCGUGGGCAGCAGCGGCUGCGGGAAGAGCACCAGCGUCCAGCUGCUGGAGAGGUUUUAUGAUCCCGACCAGGGCAAAGUGCUUAUUGACGGCCACGACUCGACCCGUGUCAACGUGCCCUUCCUGCGCUCCAAGAUCGGCAUCGUCUCCCAGGAGCCCAUCUUGUUCGACUGCAGCAUUGCCGAGAACAUCAAGUACGGCGACAACUCGCGGGAUAUCGGCAUGAACGAGGUCAUCUCCGCCGCCAAGAAGGCUCAGCUCCACGACUUUGUCAUGUCUCUCCCCGAGAAAUACGACACCAACGUGGGCUCUCAGGGUUCCCAGCUGUCUCGGGGUCAGAAGCAGCGCAUCGCCAUCGCCAGGGCCAUCAUACGCGACCCCAAGAUCCUGCUCCUCGACGAGGCCACCUCCGCCCUGGACACGGAGAGCGAGAAGACUGUUCAAGAGGCCCUGGACAAAGCCAGAGAGGGCCGGACCUGCAUCGUCAUCGCCCACCGCCUCUCGACCAUCCAGAACUCGGACAUCAUCGCCGUCAUGUCACGGGGCUUCGUGAUCGAGAAGGGGUCGCACAACCAGCUCAUGGCCCUGAACGGAGCCUACUACAAGCUGGUUACCACGGGAGCACCCAUCAGCUAACCGGUUAGCUAACCACUUACCUGAUGGAGGUGUGCCAUAGUUAUGAUCACAAGAAGUGGGUGUUCACUCUUUGUGAUAUUUAUUAUUGUGAAUGGAUCCUGUCAUGAAGAGAGCGAUCUUUUUAUGAUUCAGACACAGAUACUUUUGAUGGUUGUUUUAUCUCUUAAAGUCUUAAAGGGCUAAAAAAGGGUCCUACAAUUUACAGUACAAAUAAAAAAAAAAAUGCUAUGUUAGAAUGUAAAAUGGGAUGUAAAAAAGGAUAAAACCAUUCAAAACCUGAUCAGCAGCUAUAAUGAUCUACAACAUCUUUCAGUCUGGUCCAGUUUACAGUUUUUCUGCUUUGCGUCAUUGUCGCUUCUAUCUAUAAUGGAGUUGUUUUUGGCCGCAGCAUGUCGUGAGAAGAAGUUUUGAAAUAGCUAGUGAAGACUAGGUGACAAAAAGGAGUUGGUGGAGACCAGAAAUAGACAUGAAAAGAGAGUAACUAGUGGAUGUGAUCAAUCAGGAGGACAAAACCAUGAGUCCAAAUGAAUGGUAUAUGUUUGUAAAAUGUUCCUGAAAAAUAACAACUUCGAAUGUAAAUGUUUGCGUCUUGUUUCUGCAGCCCCCCAGUGGUCAAACAAAUCUAUUGCUGUAUAUAAACAUAAUUAUAUUGAAAUAAUAAAAAUUUGAGUUUUAACCCUCAUACCCAUCAUUGAAAAAUGUUAUGCUGUUACCAUUAAUGUCAUGAAAAUUGUACAUGUUUGCGUUUUUUUAUUUUUACAGAAAUCAUAAAUUUUUGAUUAAUUUUGAAAAUUUAUUUGCCAGUGUUUGUGAUUUUUCACAUUUUUCUUGAAAAAAAAAUACAAAAAUUGUAAUAUUUUCAAUAUUCUUAUGCAAAUGGGUUUUAUUAUGUGGGGGAUUGUUACAAUCUUUUAUAUGUCAAUGAUUUUUUUAUUUUUGUAAUGUCAGAUUUAAGGAAGAAAAGUUUUCUUUCCAAAAACGUCAUAAAAAAUAAUAUAUGCCAAUAUGA